UCUUUUUUUUUUCUCAAAAAAAAACAAUUAUGGAAAAAGUAAACAGUUUCAUUAAUUCAGUCCCUCAGCGUUUCGAACGCGAAAAGACGACCAUCAUCAGUAUUGCUGCUGCCACCGCUCUUCUCUAUACCACAUACAAGAUAGUUAACAAGUCUAGCAAAAAAAAAUUAGGGCUCAAAGAAAUUCCUUCACCUGGCUUUUCAUUUCCUUAUGUGGGCCACAUGUUCUCCUUGGGAGGUUCUCCUGGCAAAAAAAUCACACAAUGGCAUAAGGAAGCGGGUCAUAUUUUCAAAUUGGAUAUGGGAAUUCAGACUUGGAUCUUGAUCGAUGAUCCAUUGUUAGCUCAUAAAAUCUUUGUCACCCAUGGUGUCGACUCAUCCGAUCGUCCUCAUUCCACUUUUGCUCAUGAGUACUAUAGUUACAAGGGAAAAGGUGUUGGAUUUGCUCCAGCCACAAAAGAUUGGAAAGUUGCUCGAGGAGCAGUUCAAACCAUCAUUUCACCCAAAGUUGUCGAUACUCAUUAUUUGGAACCUAUAAAGACAGAAGCCAUCGCUCUCGCUGAGCGAUUUAUAAAGUACUCUAAAAUAGAGAACGGUGUUGAUCCAACCAAACACUUGCAUUUAAACUCGAUGAACCUUAUUUUCAAGGUAGCCUUUGGUAAGAAAUUCACAUCCGUCGAAGAUCCAGACUUUGUCACUAUUUCUGCCAUGUCUAAAAAAGCAAUGGGUUUGGCUGGCGCUGCUCACGAUUUGCCCAACUUCUUACCCAUCUUUACUAUCAUGGAUUACUGCACCGGAGCUCAUACCUUAAUGAAAGAUUUUAUUGAGAAGGAACGUGAUCCGAUUUACAAAAAAUUGAUCAAAGAUGCCCUUGAAAGCGAUGGGACAAAUUUCGUUAAAGCGCUUGAAGAAUUUGAUUUCGAUGACGAGAAUAGAAUUGUUAUCAUGUCGGAUUUGAUUAACGGUGGGUCUGACACGGUUUCCGUAACACUUGCCUGGGUUUUUGCCAUCAUGUGUAACUACCCUCUUUUUCAAAAAAAGGCCGCCGACGAAAUUGACGCUUUUAUUCAAAAGCACAAGCGUCAUCCCGAAUUUGCUGACAGAGACGAAUUUCCUUAUUGUGUGUCCUUGCUCAAAGAAUGCAUGCGAUUUAAGCCUACUACAGCUUUUGGUAUACCUCAUAGCGCCAGAAAAGACAUUGUGGUGGAUGGCUAUUUAAUCCCUAAGGGUGCUACACUCAUCACCAGUAUGGAGAGUAUGCAUCAAAAUCCCGAGGUCUAUGCUGAACCCUUGCGCUUUUAUCCCGAGAGAUUUUUGGAUAAUCUGAAAACAAUGGAUGCUGCUGCCAAGGGUAAAUCCGAAGGACGUGAUCAUUUUAACUUUGGAUGGGGAAGACGUAUGUGCGCAGCCAUUUAUAUGGCGGAAGUUGAACUUUUCACGGCUUUUGUUCAAGUCAUUUCUAGGUGUACCAUUGAGCCUGUCAGAGAUAUCGACGGAAAAGAGUAUGUACCGGAUAUUGAUAACCCUGUAAUUAUGGGCUUAACUCUUAUACCUGCUCCACAUAAGCUUAACUUUGUUGAACGUACACAAUCUCUUGGCAAAUAAAAUAAAGAUAAUUCAAAACCGCACAAGUUUUUCUGUAGUAGGUUACACUUGGUUUUCGG